AUGCCUCCUCGUCAGUCCGCACGCAACGCCGCACGCCAGUCAACAAGCCAGCAGACUGCGAAGCCCAAGGCUAGGAAGGCUGCGCCCAAGUCAACCACGACAUCCAAAAAGUCAAGCGCCACGAAAGGCUUGAAGGAAGUCGCCACGGGCUCCAAACGUCCCAGGCAAGAGACACUGGUAGGGGAUGGCAAGGCCUCUCAGGGCGACGUCCUGUCGCCUUCCGAGAAGAAGAUGUACGACCUCCUGAGAGCAAAAAUGGAGCAAGCGCAGAAGCAGGCGGUCGCAGACCGCAGGUCGAACAUACAGAAGACGAGUACAGCCAUGGUGCUGGCGGAAGAUGCGUCUCGCGGAGAUGCAGAGGAGGACAGCGAGGAGGAAGAAGGAGCGGCAGACGGCGUGGAAGACGGCGUGGAAGACGACGUGGAAGACGACGUGGAAGGCGGCGGCGCGGAAGGCGGCGCGGAAGACAGCGCGAACCAGGAGGAUGACGACGAGCAGCCGAGACGCAAGAAGCUGAAGAAGAGCAUCGUGAUCAAUAGCAGCGACGACGAAGACCGUGACCAGCUUAUCGAGGAGGACGGGGAGGUGGAGGCGAAGAUAGUCGAGCCAGAUGAACGCCCUCCGCGCGCUAAACCUAAACCCAAGCCUGCGUACGGCAAGAGAAAGACGAGGGACGUUGAGAGUGACCACGAAGACAGGACCAUGAACGAUACUCAGCCUAUGCUCGACCAAGACGAGCUGAGCCUGGCUGGGACUCUAGGUGCUGGAUCGGCAGCUGCACAGGACAAGGAAACUAGGAAGUCAACGCGCGCGUCGAAGAAGAUCCCUGAUGACGGUCGCACCGCUCUCACGCAGCCUGCCAAAAGCAAGAAGAAUGAGCACAAGGUGGUCGACAGGAAGAAGGACAAGGGCAAGGCGAUCGACCAGAAGAAGAAGGCGAUCGACUGGCUGGACAGCGACACCGGUUCGGAGAGUGAGAUGGGGAGGGAGGAUGACGACGAUGAUGAUGAUGACGAUGCCGCAAGCUACGAGUCGGGCAGUGACGGCGACCAGGAGGAAGGCAGUGAGGGCAAAGAGAUGGAAAAUGACAGUGAUGAUGAAGUGAUCGUUGUCAAGGCUCCGAAGCACAAGAGCCAGCGUUCCAAAGGCAAGGGGGGUCGUCGUGGUCGCGGCAACUCGAACGAAGGGAAGUCCGUAGGACGACGCCGCCGAGCACAAGCCAGAGAUCUGCCCGAGACCGUCAAGCCCAUCGUCACCUGCUCACAGAUGUACCUCCGACUCCGCCUCUCUCUAGAACACGCAUGGACGUCCGAGAAAAUGCAGAACAGUAGCCAGCUGCCCGUCAAACACACGCUCAUCAAGCGUGCAAUAAGGGAUGCUCGAGCUCAUCGCGCCGAAAAUGGGAAGAAGAUAUCAUACCUCUCGAGUGGCUUCAAGGUUCUGGGCGCCCGAGGAACCAACCGUCUUCGCGGCGAUGUCGCCAACGUGGUGUGGACGGGCGCAUGUCAGCUCCGUAACGAGGUCAAGAAGAAGGCGACGACCGUGGUUGAGAAUGCCUAUGCCCUCGGCGGCCUCUCGACACAGCGCAGAGUUGCCGCGGCAACGUUCCUUCUCAAAUGCAACAUGCAGGGGAAGUUCUCACUGCCGAACUUCAUCUUUGGUGACAUCGACAUUGCCUGGCAGGCGAACGACGCUUAUGAGGUCGACACAAAGGCGAGCUUUGUGAAUCGCAAGAAACCCUUCCACCACAGAGCGAUCUCCGACGUCAUGGUUCAGCAUUGGUUCCAUGGCUCCAGGGAUUCUGCCUCUGUAGCGGCUUACGACCGGUUUGCCGAGGUUCCUAACAACCUCAUUGCUCUCGUCUGCAAUGCGCUUGAGGCCGCGUUGGUAGACAUAGUGACUGGGAAGCAUCACUUCACAAACAAGACGUGGGCCAAUAUCAUGGGCGUACUAGAUCAAUUCGAGCGGAAUGCCCCGGAGGCUUAUGAGUCCAUGAAGACGUUAAUCUGGACUAACAUCAGCGCACUGGUCGAUGAACAGAAGGCCUCGAAGUUGAAGGAUGAGGCAGACGAAGGUGACGGUAAUAGCGGUGCAGAAGAACAGUUCAUAUCCUGGAGUGACGUCGAGGUCGUCGAGGUUACCCCUAGCAACGCAGCAGCGUCUGUGAAGAAGCCGUCCGCGUCGAAGCCGUCCGCGUCGAAGCCGUCCGCGUCGAAGCCGUCUGCGUCGAAGCCGUCCACGUCGAAGCCGUCCGCGUCGAACGAAUCCGCGUCGAACGAAUCCGCGUCGAACCCGUCUGCGUCGAACCCGUCUGCGUCGAACCCGUCUGCGUCGAACCCGUCUGCGUCGAACCCGUCUGCGUCGAACCCGUCUGCGUCGAACCCGUCCGCGUCGAACCCGUCCGCGUCGACGUCGUCCGGUUUGAAGCCAUCUGCGUCAAAGCCUCCAUCGUCGAAGCCUCCAUCGUCGAAGCCGUCCGGGUCGAAGCUGUCUCGGACCGGGUCCAAGCCGUCGUUCUCGAAGCAGCUGUCGUCGAAGCCGUCUCCAUUGGCUGGGAAACCCGGAGCUGAACAGGAAACUGCUGAGCUUGACCCACAAGACUUGUCGGCUGAAAACGAUGACGAUGCCGUGUAUGCGUUCUACUUACCACUCCAGAAGAAGUACAAAUCACACAACUACCAUCUACUUCAACACUUGGAGGAAUCUGAGGUUGGCUACGGCUUCUUCUGUUCUGUUCUCGGCGUCUCCGGGUCUCCGACGCCAUUGCUUUGUAGUUGCUUUUUGGUGAUCCGUGUCUCUGGUUAUGUGUUUGUGCUUGUCAGGCUUGGCAAGCCAUUGAUGGCAAUUGCGGCCACGGCCGUGAUCUGCUGCACAGACAAAUUCUACAAGGCUGGUACGAUAGAUGCAAAGAAGAACUUCAGUGCUGACGUCUACGAGCGCAACACCCUUCAAAUUGCCACUUAUGUUGAUUACCUCAAGGCCGCAAACACUGAUGGAAGCUGUGGGCAAUCACCCCAGGAUUUUGAUAUUUUAAAAUUUAAAUUAAUCCCUCAUAACUCACCAUGGCUAUAUAAGCCAGGCCAUCCAGGUGCUGGGCCUCUAGGGCCUCUGAGGAUGCAGGCAGAGCUCCACACCCAAUAUGCCCCAGAAUUCAGGCUUCAAUCUGAAACCUGGCCCAAAUGGUGUGCUGUGAAUAACUCGGAAAUGUUGGAAGGGGGUUUCGGAGUAUGGAGAGCCUCUAGUUCAACUAGAACUCAAGGAAAAAGGGAGCAGUAG